GAAAAUUCUUGAAAAAGGAGGGUUGGAGAGCGCACAGUCAAACUGGGCUGACUUAUCGCAGAAACUCUGAUGCCCAUUACCGUUUCCUUGUUGGAUUCUGUCCUGUUGGGUGUGGAGCUUUGGUCACAGGGAGGACUUACCGCUUCCUUGCUCCUCCCGCCGACACCUUCACUCUUUCUCUUUCCCUCUCUCUCUCUCUCUCGCAGCUUCAUUUUUUGGCUCUCGCUGUUCCUUUCCACGUUUCUUUCUUAGCUUGCGUCUUUGCACUUGCUCCGCUGCUGGGCCUCCCUCCUGUCUAUCUUGCCGUCUAUCGCUCAGAUUUUACCUCUGUUCUUGUUCUUCUUUGCCUUGUUCAACACUCUUCUGUUGUCUAGCAGGCAGUCACCAUGGUGGGGUUCGAGAUGAACGAUCGAAGAAAGAUUGGAAUUGGGCUUACGGGAUUCGGCGUUCUGUUCACUUUCUUGGGUGUUGUUUUCUUCUUCGACAAAGGACUCUUGGCCAUGGGCAAUAUACUAUUCGUAGCAGGAGUAAUGAUCACCAUUGGUAUAAAAGGGACGGUGUCAUUUUUCCUCAAGCCUCGCAAUUAUAAGGGUUCCAUAUUAUUUGCCGCGGGCUUUGCCCUGGUCAUUUUUGGGUGGGCGAUUGUGGGCAUGUUAAUAGAGACGUAUGGUUUUGUUCUGCUGUUUAGUGGUUUCUGGCCUACAGCAUUGGUCUUUUUAUACAGAGUUCCAAUUCUGGGCAACAUUCUUCGACAACCUUUCUUUACCUCGUUUUUUGAUCGAUUUCGGGAGCGGAGGGUGCCAGUUUGACCAUUUUAGAGUUUUCUGAUCAUGUCCCAAAUAAGUAGGAUGGUGGGAUUAAAAGCACCGUUGAUGUUAGAAGAGUUCAGCUUUCCCUUUCUCUUUAUGUUACAUAUGCAAGUCCGGCAAUACUUCAUGAUAGUUGCAAUACAGAGUGAGACUUCCAUUCCAUGAGUGACGCAAGAUAAGUAGAUGUUAAAACUUUUUAGAGCAAACUUAUAUUAAAAGAAUUGUGUACAAUGGUUUGUGAUGCU